CCGUCUCAUGUCAUAUGUUGAAUACGACAUAGCAUGGCGGAGUUGUUGCAUGCAUUUCCUCGUGAAGAUAGAACUACUUCAAAGAAGACAUCGUGGCGUAUGAGUUAUUCGUAUUUUAUAUUGGAAUCAAUAUUUAUACUUGAUUAAAACUUAAUUCGUUUUAUAUUCAGAAAAAUAGAGAAAUCUUUAACGUAAAUUCAUUCAUUAAAAAGAAAGUGCGUGUGUCACGUUUAGUUUAGUGAAGAAUCAGAAUUAUUGUUAGCGCGUAAUUAACUCUAUUUUCAUGUAACCAUAUUUUUUAAAUUGCAAAAAUAUCUGUCUUAAUUGUUACGAAUGGACGCGAUUAAUUAUCGUAUUGAGGGUAAGUCUAAGAAUGGCUAGCGAUUUAUCGAGUGAGUGUACUGAAACAAUUGGAGUGCUAGAUGAGAAAGAAGAAGGUGAAAUAUCCUUGGAAGAUGUAAGUUCUUCCGAGGAAGGACACUUAAAUUAUGGAUAUGGAGCUAGAGUUUCUCAGUGUUCUAACUGUUUAUCAACACAACAUAAUGCAGCAUGGUGCACUGCUUCUGCCAAAUUUUAUCCUUCCAAAGGCUCUUCAAAUAGAAGAGAAGUUGACCUUAUUCUACAAGAUGCAGUCCAGGGAAAAGAAAACCGUCAUCAGAUCAAAGAAUCAGGAUGCAUUGGAACAAAACAUCCAGUUUCUACUCUUCAAGAAAAAAAUGAUGAUGAUCUUGUGCCUAUUUCAAGCGACAGUGAUAUGGAAAUUGUUGGUCUUGCAGAUAAUUCUAAGCAAAUUGUAAUAUAUACUUCCUCAAAAAGUAGAGCAAAAAAGAAAAAAAAGAAGAAAAGAAAUCAUGCACCUGUAAUGACAGUGGAUGAUUUAGUUUCUGCAUCUACUGUGGAUGUGACUGUGCCUGCAGAUAUCAGUAUAUUAAAGCAUGAUGCUACAAAAAAUAAUUCUUCAAGAUCUCAUCAUAGAGAAAUAAGUCCUGUUCAUAAAACUAGUAGAUCAAGAGUGAUUUCAAGAUCACCUCCCAGAAGGCAUAGGUCCCUUAUAAGAGCACGUUCUCCAUUCAGAAGAUCGAAAUCUCCAAUUAUUCGUGCUAGAUCACCAUUAAGGAGAUCUCCAAGAAGACUUAAAUCUCCUAAAAGAUCACCAUACAGAUCAUCAGGAAAAACAAUACCAAGAAAAACAUCACAUCCUGAGGCAGUGUCUUCAUCUCAUAACUAUGUAGAUACACAUAAACUCCUUAAAAAAGUCAGAAAACUAGAUUCAAUAGGAACACAUUCUCUGGAAGAGACACUAAAUAAAAACAAGGAACAUGCAUCUUCAUUAAAGGAAAAAUUAACAAAUAUGUUGAAAGGAGUUCCUGACAAUAAUAGUGAUGUAACAAAGGAUAAACUUACUAAUUAUGUAAACAAGAAUGAACUUAAUGAUGUAGAUGACGAAGAGGAUUUAGCACUGCUAAGACAGAAAGCACUUGAGACAAAACAGAAUAAAUCAAGUAAACCUAAUGAUCAACCAAAGACUGAGAGUGGAAAAAAAGUAAAUGCAAAUAUAAAUGAUGAUCAAGAUGAGGAGGAUUUAGAAUUGAGGAUGAUUGCACUUCGUUCUGCAGUGCUAAAGAAACAUCAAAAUAGGGUUCAGAAGGGUAUGAAGUCAGGAACAUACAAGAAAUCUAAGAUUUUUCGUAGUGAGAGUCCAUUCAGUCAAAGUUUUUUGGAUAGUAUUCCCAUACCUGGAGAGGAAUUGUCAAAUUUUGCGUCGCCACCUCAUACACCACUUCCUAUGAAUGAAAAUAACCACACUGAAGACAUGGAAUUAGAUACAGAUGUUGAGAGAGAAAAGGAAAAAUUGCCAUAUUCUCCAACAGAUAAAAUUACUGCCAAUAUACCUAUGGAUACAGAAUUAUUAGGUAUUCAACCAUCUGAUGUAUCGUUCAUCAAUCUCAAUGCAGUAAAUAAUAGUCCAGGUUUUAAUGUAUCUAUGGUACCUAGUCAGGAUAGUCAGACACCCUACCAAGCAAAAAUUAUUGAAAACCGAAGUUACUUACCAAAUGUUGUAUAUUAUACACCUUUGCAAAAUUCGAUAUGUGCAACAACAAAUGCGAAUAUACAAUAUCCUACAACUGAUCAGAUACAGACUUCUAAAUCAGAUUUUAUGAAAGUACAUACCUCUCAUUUAAGUGAGCAGCAUUAUGGAAAUGCGUGUAAUAUUUUGAAAAGUAAUAUUUCCGAAUUUGCAGAUAUCAAUUCAAGUCAAGAAAUGCCUUACUCUCCAACUGAUACUCCUGUAUAUGAUCCUGAUCUAUCACAUGCACUUCCACAAACUCCUGGUCCUGAUUCUUCCUUAGUUUCUUUGGAAUCUUAUAAUUCCAAUAUACAUGGAAAUAGUGAACAAGGUAGUCAUGUAUUAACAACACAACAAACACAAACUUCAAAAGAAACAAUUAGUUCAACUGAAAAUGAACAACUAAAUAAGGCAGAAACACUUUCUAUAGAACCAAUUGUUGGCUCUGCUACAACUUCCCUUAUGGAAUCAGUGUCACCCAGUAGUUCAAUGGUAACAAUUGAUGAUUUUCCUGAAACUGAUGCAGAUGCAAGCCCAUUGACUGAUUUAAUUACAAAAAGUAAAACUACAGAGAACAUUCCAAAUAAUUUAAACAAUAUCGAAGGAACAAUCUCAGAGCCACUUUACAUGAAAGGAAUACCAGAUAUUACCAAAGAUGCAAAUAAAAUACCAACAUUAAUUAAUAGAACACUUGUUCCAGCACCAAUUUUAAAAACUAAUAAACAGUUGCAACAACCAUUGUCUGUAAAAAAGAGUAUUACACAACAGGAACCUACAUUUAAAAGUGCAGAAAUGCAACCAGUCAUUAUUAAUGAAGAAACUACUACAAAGGCAAAUACUGCCUUUAAACCAAUGAAAUUAAUAUCUUUCCCACAAAAAUCCCAUUCUGUUUUAGCAAUACCUACUGUAUUUCAUGAGUCAUUGCAUGAUGAGUCAACUGAUGAAACAGAUAAAAAUAUCCCCUUAAUAGAAGAUAAUCAGAAUGUAAUACAUGAUACUACCACGACAAAUACAGAAGACUUAAAUAAUACUUGUGAUACUAAAAGUUCAACACAGAAGAAAAAGAAGCAUAUAAGAAGGGGACAAAAGAGAAAAAGUGCUGGUUCAAUAUCAUUGGCCACUAAGAAAACUGCACUAUGUAAAAAUAAUGACAAUACAAACAUAAAUAAAAAGAUACGUCAGACAUCUGAUAUUAUUCAUUCUGAUAAUAAACAAAAUAAUGAAAAACUUGAAAAACCAGAUGUGAAAGAUAAUACAAUUGAACCUAUUUCAGAAGCUUCAGGAAAUGUUGCUAAUCAUAAGAGUAUAAUUUCUCCAGAAAAAACUGAAGUAAUACCAACUAGAGAUAUCUUAUCUAACGAGGCAUUACAAGAAAUUAAAAAUGCAGAAAAUAGAAGAGAAAGUUUAGAUGAAGAUGAAGAAGCAUUAAGAGCAUCUCUGUUAGCUUCUUUACCAAAACGAACAAAACCAAGUAAUAAUGAUCCAAAUUCAGCUGCAACUACAGUAGUAUCUGUUACAUCAACUCGAGCGCUUACUAAUCAAACUGAACCAAAAAUUACAUUGCCUAUGGUUAACACAUCUAGUACAAUAAUCAGAAAUAGUACAACAUGUUUGAUAAAUUUAUAUAGUUCAGAAAAUGAUAAAAAUCAGUCAAAUUCAAGGGACAAGAUAGGCAACACAAUCCCACAAGGAAGUAUAUCUGCAGAAACUGUAAAAACUUUAGGCCAACCAGUGACUUCUGGGAGGAAGAGAUCACUUACUAUAACUAAGGGCUCACAAAAGAAACUUAUGAAAAGAAUUGCAAUUCCUGCAAGUACAAAAGUUGUAAAUAAUGCAAAGAAAUAUCAAAAUACAAUGCUUCAGAAGAAAUUAAAUUUACAAAAAGCAGUUUACAAUAAACAAAAAAUAACAGAAAAUAAAAUUACGUCUAAAGUGCAAUCUAAUGACACCAAAUGGUCUACCAGUACAAAGGCAUUAUGUGAAACGCAAAGAAUUGUUAUAAAUUUGGGAUCCGACUCCGAAAGUGAUUCCGAAUCUGAACGACAAAAGAACAAAUCUGCUUCAACAACCAAUUCACCCACAGUAGACAAAUCACAAUCAGUAACAAAUUCUACACUAGAAUUUGAGAAAAAUUUAGAACAAUUUUUACGAGAUGUACGAAAAAAGCAAGAAUCUAUGGCAGCUGCAAGACCAACUUCAAUAUCACAAACCCCCAAAAAAGAUACAGUAUUAAAUACUAAAUCAGAACAAUCAAAUUCAUCCAAUCUUCAUACACCACUGGCUGUACGUCAUUUGCCGGCACCCCAGCAAGAGGAAUAUCGUCGAUUAAAACAACAAAUUCUAGAACGCGAGAAAUUGAAGUUACAUAAAACUAUAGAAAAUAAUACUUCAGUAAAAAAUACAAAUAUGGAAGUAUCUUCAAAGUCUGUACUGUCCAACAGUCCAAAUAAGAAAUUGUAUACAAAAGUGAAUCAGACAACGUUUGUAAAAAGUCAGAAUAUAAAUGCACAACAAUUAAAUAAGGAAAAUUGUUCUAAAAAUUUAGAUUCGAUAAAAGAUACAUCUAUAAGUACAAAUAAUAUUCAGUUAGGUAUUGAUAGAGCAAGCAGCAUGGAGAGACAAGAAAAUAUCAGUCCAAAACUAACAAAAACCAUGGCAAAUCUUAAUAUACGCGUGUCCACUGAAAAUAAUCUGAAUAAAACAACUAGUAAUUCUACAUUUGAAUACACAACACGCAAAGUUAUCGAAAUACCUCCCAACAAAGCUCAAAUAAAAACAAAAAUUUCACCCGGUUUAAAAAUUCUGUCCUCAGAUGAAGUAAAUCGAAAAUACGUACAAGUACAAGUGAAAAAUGAUACAAACGAACGAGUAGUAACGAUAAAUGAUAAAGUGACCUUAAAUAAUAAAGCAGUAAUUAAUCGAAAUGAAAAUAUUUCUGAAAAUAACGAUAGUAAUAGGAAAAAUGAUACGGAUCAAGUUGUCCAGUCUGUUGGAAAGGAACUUACUCCUGAUGAUACUCCAUCCAGUAAUAAUGAUGUGGAUUCAGAUGCAUCAACUGUUAUUUUACCAAAAGAAAAUCGGUGUAUAGAAAGAAGAGAAAGUAUUGAUACAUCCGAAUCUACAGUUCGACUUUCAGACUAUCAAAAUAAUAGCCGUACAUCGACAAGUACGGAAAAUAAAAAUGACAGUCCAUGUUUGUCGCCCAAAACUGAACCAUUAAACGACAAAAUAAGCAUAGAAGAAAAUUGGGACGCAAUUAAAAGGGAUGUUAAAACGGAGUUGAGUACUCUUAUUAAUCUUUCACGGGUGGAGCAAGAGCGACAUUUAAUGGAUACCGAACAAAAAUUAGUUAUGAAACGGUAUACAAUUUUGGAUGAUCUGGCGGAAAUGUCGAGUAAGAUUCGUCAGUGGGACAUGGAACGUGAUCUACAGGCAAAUUUAGCUGCAGAAGUAAAGAAACUUCGAGAGCAACUUAAAGUUGCUGAAGAGAGAUUACAAUUGCAACGUGAUCGUAUUAAUAACAUAGGUCCAAAGGUAGUAGCGGCACAUGGAAAAAUCAACGUUGGCCGACAAGAGUGCUUUAAACUUGUAACAAUUUGUUCAACUUUGGGAAGUAGGAUUAUAGGAAAAGAAUACAAGGUACCUGAAGCUGGAGCACAACUUUUAGAUAGUAGACUAAAAGAAGUUGCUAAUCAUACGCGGCAACUUUCCCGGAAAAAAGUACCGUCUAUUGACAUUCCUGAAAUAUAUGAUUUGUCAAAAUCAGCAGAAGAAACUGCAUCUACUACGUACACAGAAAUUUCACAAAGUGAAAGUUUAUUAUUAGAAGAGUAUAAUGUAAAUAAUGUUGAUCCAACAAUCUUAAACGAAACGAACGAAGCUGAAAAUACUACAUCAUUAGAAGUAACUACAGUAAACGUAAAUGAAGAAUCAAGUAAACAAGAAAACGUGGAAUUAAAUAACGUAACUCUAACUAAUGAUAAUAAAGAUACAUCUGAACAGAAUAAUAAUGAAAAAAAAGCACUAACUGAUCAAACAAAAAUAAGUGAUACUAAUGUUGCUACGCCUAGUACUUCUAACUCGAAAGAUGCUCAAGAUAAGGGUUCUAAAAAAUCACCAGAAAAUAACUCAGCCAAGCCUGAAUCACCGGAAGUUAGCAACAAAGAAAUAAAUUCUAUAACAUCCAACCAAGAGCUUCAAACGAAGAAGACGCUUUUACCUUAUGAAUCAAUAUUGAUGCACUUUAAAGUGCCAAGGAACACGAAUCCCAAUGGCGUCCUUUGUCCAUACGAGUUGAUGGGGACUUGCAGUGAUGGAGAUUGUCAAUUUAUUCAUCAAACAGACAGUCAAGCCAAGUAGCAUUUAGCUACUAAAGUGGCAUUGUUAAUUUAUAUGUAAGGUGGUUUUAAUCUUUAAUAAGAUUCAAAGGACUUAGUGAAAUAAGAAUCAUAAUGUUCAUUGAAAGCGAUGUUUCUGUGAUUCGAAAUAAUUGUAAAACACAUUUUUGUUAUGAGUAAAUGUUACUACUUUUAUAAUUACAGGUACUGUUUCUGAUGAAUCAAUAUCCUAUAUAGAUGGAAGAGUCCUGCUAACCAGAAGUAACGUCUGAAGGUGGUAAGUUGUCUUCAUCAUGGCAGGAGUUUGUGCACAAAUUAAAAUAACCAUUUUAUUAUGUAAGGAUUUUAAAUUUUAAACAAACCAAAAUUUUUAAUACUGUGCUAUUUCAAGCUUAUUCUAACGAAAGUUUAAAGAAGAAUUUCCGCAAGUGUUUAUUUUUUACAUAUGUAUAAAGUGUCAUAUAUAAACUGUAAGUAAUUAGUGUGGUUAAUAUAAAAAGAGUAAAAGAAGAGAUUGUUGACCGAUUGUUGAAGACAGCCGUACAACAGGCCAACGUCGGGCAUUGCAACAAAUAUUCAUUUCGUACUUCUAUAUAAGUUACCUCAUAAAAAUCUUGUACCUGUAUAAUAAAAGAUUGAUAUUUUUUUCUAA